GCUUGCGUUGCGCAGGGAACCGCUAGUUUCUCAGGAAUUAUAAAUGCGGUGGAUAGACUGUUAAACGUAUUCAAACUCUAAUUUUCAAAGCAACGUAUUUUUAUAUAUAUAACAAACAAGUAAUAUUGUAGCUUGAUAACCUUUCCCAACAGCCACCUGUUUUUUUAUGUAGAGUGGGUGUCGUUUAUCGUUUAUCUGAGGACUUGAGUUUUAUGUUUCACUCAGCGACCCUUUACUUUUUGUCACACAGUUGUGUCUGUGUAAAAUCUACGUUAUAAGUCUUUUUUUCGUCGAGAAAAGGGGAGAACUUGUUGAAGAUGUCCGUGGCGGGCUUAAAGAAGCAGUUUUACAAAGCCAGCCAGAUGGUGAGUGAGAAGGUUGGCGGUGCUGAGGGAACUAAACUCGAUGAGGAGUUCAAGGACCUGGAGCGAAAAGUAGAUGUGACAAAUAAAGCUGUGGUAGAAGUCAUCUCUAAAACAUCAGAGUACCUGCAGCCCAAUCCAGCAUCUCGUGCAAAGCUCUCUAUGUUGAACACUAUGUCUAAGAUCAGAGGGCAGGUGAAGAGUCCAGGUUAUCCACAAGCAGAGGGGCUGCUGGGAGAAUGCAUGGCAAAGUUUGGAAGAGAACUUGGAGAGGAAACUAACUUUGGCGGUGCUCUAGUUGAUGUUGGUGAAAGUAUGAAGAGGCUAGCAGAGGUGAAGGAUUCUUUGGACAUUGAUGUCAAACAGAACGUUAUUGACCCUUUACAAGGCUUGUGUGACAAGGACCUGAGAGAGAUACAGCACCAUCUGAAAAAGCUAGAAGGACGCAGGUUGGAUUAUGACUAUAAGAAGAAACGUCAAGGGAAGAUUCCAGAUGAAGAGGUCAGGCAGGCGCUGGAGAAGUUUCAUGAAUCUAAGGAGGUGGCUGAGAUCAGCAUGUACAAUCUUCUAGAAACUGAUAUUGAGCAGGUGAGCCAACUGUCAUCGCUGGUAGAGUCUCAACUGCAGUACCACAGACAGGCUGUUCAGAUCCUGGAUGAACUGUCAGACAAACUCAGAGACAGGAUGAACGAUGCUCAGUCACGUCCUCGUAAAGAGUAUAUUCCCAAGCCCAAACCUGCAAUUGACUUUGGAGACACUAACGAACACUCAAAUGGUGGCUUCAGCCCGAUAUCUGCUCCACCCAUGCACAAUGCAGACCCAUACCACCAGUCUGGCAGAAUGGCAUUGCGGAAAACCAGAUUGCCAGCGGAGCAGCCGUGCUGUAAAGCGAUCUAUGAUUUUGAGCCGGAGAAUGAGGGCGAGUUGGGCUUCCAUGAGGGUGACAUCAUCACUCUGACCAAUCAAAUCGAUGAAAAUUGGUACGAAGGCGUGCUUCGUGGCCAAUCAGGAUUCUUCCCUCUCAACUAUGUGGAGUUGAUUGUUCCUCUUGCACACUAAAAGGUGUUCAAAGAGGAAAGGGGGGAGGGGGGAGCAAAAACAAGUAAAAGGGAGAAAGAUGGAGGGAAGUGAGGUAGGGAGAAAGGAGACAGCUGAAGUCAUCUUGGUCUUCAUCCUCACCUGUAUUCACAUUGUUGCCGUUGAUCCAAAUGUACCUGUACUCAGGCACUUUUACACAUUGAUUUAUUUUUGAAGGAGGGAUCUUUGGGAAAUGACAACUUCACAUUCCAGGACUGAAAAUAAGCAUUGACUGACUGACUGACAGACAGACAAGGACAGUUCAACUUGGUUAAGCUUUAGUUUCAUACACUAACUAAUUUCAUAAUUUUUUUUUUUUUUUAUUAUUAUGUUUGUUAAUAAUGUCUCAUACUAUUUUGUAGUACAUAAACUAAAAAGAAACGAAUACAGAUAAAGAUACCCCAGUGGUACAAUUUUGAUGUUUUUAAAGAGUAGUGAGUGCAGGUAAUGUCCUCAAUUGUUGAGACAUAUCCAGCUGCAGACCCGUAGCACCACCAGUUUCAGAACCCCAGUUUCAGAACCCCAGCGCCAGAACUUGAAGUGAGGGGCGGAGCUUACGUUCUAAACCGAGUAGCGCCACCUAACGUUUUGGAGAGUAGGCUACACCACCAGUUUCAGAACCCCAGUGCCAGAACCUGAAGUGAGGGGCGGAGCUUACGUUCUAAACCGAGUAGCGCCACCUAACGUUUUGGAGAGUACUUUGCUUUUAUUACAAACGAAACAUCAUACUUAUACAUCAUACUUUAUACGUAUGUUAUAUUGAUUCUUUAAGGUACAGUACAAUAAGCAUUUUAAAACAUUGAUCUUGUAUAAUAUAAUUGUAUAUAUUUAUCCGUUUCAUUGUAUUAUGAGAGUUACUUCGUGAUCAUGAUGGUGAAAAAAAAUGCUUGAAACUUAUGGGCAUUUUAUAUAAAAUAUACUUUAUUUCACAAGAACAUGUGCAGCAUGCAUUUUUCUUUAUGUAAAAUAAAACAUGUCAAAAAACUAAAAAAGAGAGAAAAUUAAGCAUCAUUUUAAAAGAAACAAUACAAAUAUAUACAACAAAUGACCAAUUCACCCCUAGGCCCAUUUUGUCAUGACAAUCCUGUAUAAAUUAAACUUAAAAUGUAUCAAAUGAGGAAUUCACUCUCAGGCCCAUUUUGUCCUUACAUUCUUGCAAAAAUAACUCCAUGUCAUCCCUGAACACAAAAUGAAAUAGAAAGGGCUCUCUGGAAGCUUCUGACUGUUCCAGGAGAUUGUUGCGGGCUUUUUCCUUGUCGUCUUCAUUCAUUCGAAAUGUCUCUACAAGAGAUGAAAGCACCACACAAUAAUCUCAACGUAAAAAAAAACAAAAAAAAACCUCAACUAUAAGGUAACAUUAACUCACAAACAAUGCAUAUAACAGAGGAACGUGGAACAAACACUUUAACACCUUCACAAGAUGUCUUCAAAACGUCACCGCAAGGCUCAUUUACAACACGCAAAAAUGUAUCGAACCAUCCGUACAAUUUUUUUUUUAAUACAAUAAAAUAUGACAACAUAAUCAAGCUUCAUUAAGAUGAUAAAGUUAUGCACAAAUUAAAUAUUUAGCAGAUAAACGCUGAACUUAAUAUAUGCGAUAAUUUUUCACCACAUGAUGUCAAAAACGUUAGACAACGUUACACAACUCACCAUGCUCUCCGCCAUGCUUGUCUCAUUGUCAAUAACUCCGCCCCUCACUUCAGGUUCUGGCGCUGGGGUUCUGAAACUGGUGGUGCUGCGGGUCUGCAGCUGGUUACUAUUGCAAUUGUUGGAUUGUGAAUGGUUACAUUUUGACUCGACUGGUCCCUUUACCUCCCCCUGCUGGUCAGGCUGCGACAUGGACCUGCCCCUGAUUAAGGAGAAACUGCCUUUUAUCUGUGACGAAAACAUUAAUUCUGCACUGUGAGGCUGCAUGUGCAAUGUCCCAAUGAGCAGCAGUCCUGAGCCACAAACCUGUAAAUUGGAAUUAGUCCUUUUAUACACUCCAUAUUUGUUUUCAUGCAUUUUUUACAAGAUAUGAAUUGCACCUGGGACAUAAUUUUGUAAAGGUGAACUAAAAUACUUAUGUAAGGGAUGUUUCAGGUUGAGAUGGCUUUCUGGGAUAUCUGAAAAAGAUGUUUUAUUCUUACUGCACUACAAAUUUUUAACACUAUGAAGUUUGAAACACUUUGCCUCCCUCUUAUUAUGACAUUUCAACUUCAGACUUGGGGGACUGAUACCAUCCAGUCCCUGUCUGUCAUUUUUCUACUACACAGCCAAAUAGUUAUGGAAUGUAAUAAGGGUCUUGAAAUGUGUUCUUCCAGUUGCCUGAAUAUACAGUCUUCCUCUCUUUCUCCUCUUUUGUCAGUUUACUGGUAGUCUAUCCAUCUGAUGCUGCUGGCAGUGUCCCAUUAUAUUGUGUGUGAUUAUUUAGACAUGUUUAGGGUGGAUGUUGGCUCAUAACCCCCUUGUUUGAAGUAAGACAUUUUUUUAAAUGUAUAUAAAUAUAAACAUUUCUUUCAGUAUUCAGAAAUUAAGGGAUGGUGCUACAUCUCUUGUUCUCUCUUGGGGUGAUGUGGUUUGAUUUAAAUUGCAAACUUCACAAAUGCACAGUCCCACGCACCUCUUGUUGGUUCUGAACACACCAACAUCUCUCCCUCCACCCCACUCCAAGUCCUAUCCGCACAGAGCACCUCUCUGGUGGAUUCUGUAUGCGUUGUCCUUUGCCUACCAGUGUCUGUUUACAUGUGUCAGGCCACUAGAUGUGCUGGAGCAGACAGGUUAAGGUCACUAUCUCAAAGUGAAAAACAAAAAGAUGAUUACAAACAUUUAGUGCCUCUUUGAUGGCAAGAACGGACCUAGAACAACAAACAAAAUAGUAAUUCUUAUUUCCAAGCUAACAUGUCGUUUAUGUCUGCCUUUUGUUUGUUUAUUUUUUGUACAAAGAGCUUGUUGAUUUCAGUAUUUGGCAUGAGCUCUGUGACCAGAUGUACAAGCAUGUGUACUGAUGUGCCUUUGCAACACUACAAAUUUAAACAAAUGUGUUAUUUCUGUGUAAUUCAACCAGAGUACCAGAAUAAUCUUAUGAAAAUAAAUUAUUUUGGUUCUACUCUUUUAGUAUUAUAUUAUUUUUUAUAUGUAUACAAAACCAUUCAACUUUUUUUAAUUAAGAAGUUUUGCAUGUUUGCUUACUAUUAUAGCAGGCUGAUGUAUGUUUUAGUUUUAAAGUCUCCUCUUGUAUGUCUUGGAAGAUUUAACUGCAUUAUAUUGUUAUUCUUAAAUAUCCCAAACGUUAAAUAUUUGUGUCUUAAUAUUGUGUCCAGUCAUCUUUAAGUAAAUAAAUUCAAGAAAGUACUCCAUCUG